CGGAAAUUAGUCGAAACACCUGUUUAUAGAACCAGAAUGAUAUAUAUAUGCUAUAAAAUUCAAGAUUUUUUCAGCAAUGAUUAAACCUUGCAAGACAACGGUUACCCACAGAAGUUAAUCAAUGAAUGUGGAAUGUCUGAAGACAUUGAGUAAAACACUAAGCAAGAAACCAGUUUUUACCUAACUCAACUUCAAAGGUGACAAUGCCAAACGGAGAACCAAUAAAAGACUGAAAACCACAUUGAACAUGAAAACCCUGCAGCCAAGUUGAGCCCCCUCCACGGAACAAUAUAGUCUUUGGUGUAGUCAAAAGUCAACACAUUUCCUCUCUGCGUUACCACUUAUUUUACGUACAAGUUUACAAACAUCUUAGGCAGAAGUUAAGUUGGGAUAACACAGAAUAGGCCAUGCUUUAGAUUCACUGAACUUGUAGCAAAACCCAACGUCUCUGGGUAACAGCUGCUAUCAGGUGUACAGUUACUUUUCAUCUUGUUGACACGUGAUAUGAAGCAUUUACUUUGGAAUGUUUCAAUCUAAUCCACAAAAAGCAGAAUUCGAACCAUAUAUAGUUUUCUGAGGCUGUGACGAUCAAACGAUUGAAACCUGAUUUGUGUUCAAUAGGAAGAGGCGGUCAGUCUUACAUUGUCCUAAUAACCUAGUUUUCUGCCUCCUCUUAUUUUAUAACAACGUUCUGGCUGGACCUUUUUCUGUCUGUAAAGUAUUUUGAUGAUCGUUUUACCAACUGACUACAACUCCUAGCAUUCUUGUAUAAUUAGUCUGUUUCUUAUCAUCACAUAACCUUCUUUUGAAUCUUCCGAAGUAAUCUUUUGUUCUAAAUACCAAAACACUAUUUCUAUCCAUAUUAGUUUUUAAACUCGCCACUUAACUAGAUAUAUGACUGAAAGUUCUUAGUUUAUCUUGAUAACUUCAUGCGGAUGUUUGUAUCCUCUGUAAUACUAUAUGGAUUCCUUUUAAAUAACUUCACCUAACUGUAAGAAAUAUGUUCAGACGAUACUUAGAUACUUUAAGUAAUGAGCAUCUGACGAGAAACCUAUUAAAUAAUAAGGUACCAUUUUAUCGUCCAUCCGCACUGAAAGAAUCUUGGGGCGAUCGACACUUCCUGGCUGCCUAUAUCAGGAAACGUUUUUUAUCCUUGAAGUGCCUGAAGACCAAAUUGCUUGUCACAGUGGUGCGUGAUCGCAGAGCUCAAUAGAUGUCCCAUAUGCUAGCCCACCAGCCCUAGUUUAGAGUUUGAGAAUCAACUUUGAUUGUCAUAAAUCUCGCUAAAAAUAACCAUCCACAGACACAGGGUAAAAGGUAGUGUGCUGUUUUGGGGUCUAUGUUUUCGAAGUUCCCUCUCUGUCGUAAGGAAGACAACAUCAGUAUAAACGAGUGGUCAUCAAUAUGAAACACCUUCCUAUUGUCACAUCCCUGUUCAGUCAACUAUACGACUUCUCCAUCAAAUCCCGGUCAUAGCGCAGCUACUUAUAAAAUAACGGCAAGUCUUUUUUUCUAAAAAGUACCCAACAGACCUUCUUGAUGUGGUAUGAUAUUACAGAACAAGUGCUUCCACCAGCAUAGAUUGUUGAUUCUUUGAAAUCCGACUACCACUACAAGAUGACAGCUGUCGAUCACAGUCAUGCAUACACACACUCAAACUACAUUAGUUGUGGUAAAACAUAUUGCACGAGCAAGAGCUCUUGGUUAUCAGAUACGUUAUUAUUACCACAACUUCAUAAAUUCGCAUUAUCAGCACAGUCAGGAUUUCGUAUUAAAAACAGUAAACAGCUGACUGAUAAUCAAAUCAUCUUAUUAGAUAGCAAGAAGGAAACAUGAAAUCUUCAGAAACAAGCCCACAUAUGCUACUGGUUUUAGAUCAUGUGGUACAGGCAUUAUGAGGUCAUCAUGUUAGAAAAAUCUAAUCAAUCAGCUUUGAACAGCACUAACGGAUUGGAAUCUAUAUUGAUCAUUCGUUAUCUGAUUCGUGUAUAGUGUAUCAUAUUCCAUGAUAUGACUGAGUUUAUGCUAAUCUAGCUUUCCUUACUUUAUGUGAAAAGUUACCAAUAGAUGUGUGCGUUUUAAAUGGUUGCAUAAUCACACAAUUAACGUUUUCAUUCUACCUGCAAAAAGGAAUACAUUGUCAGCUAAAUGCAGUUCCACUGAAAGUUAUGUUUAAAAAAGUAUUUCUUCUCACUCACUAUUUUUGACACUAUGCUAUUUACUACUUGUCAGUAUUAUCACCAUCCUACAUAUUCGUUUGUAUUAGAAGCUCAUUCUUGUUGUUAGGACUAUCUGAGACGGUCGUGACCCAGCAGAUGUUCAUUUUUUUAUUUUAUUGAAUUUAAGUGGUAUUCUUCAAUGACUUUCCUAGAAUGUUUUACUUUUAAAACUUGUGGCGGACUGUAACUUUCUCGAAACUUGGACUAUAUUGUUAGUAAUGGUAAGUUUUUCAGUAGUAGAUUCAACUUAUUACAUGAGACAGUACAGUGAAAUAAAAGUGUUUAGUCAUUAAAAACAAAGGUUAGUGACCUAACCAAUUAUCAUGCCUACUGUCAAUUAGUUAAUAUCAACAUGAAAUUUUGACUUAUUGCGCACAUGCAAAAACAUAUGUGAUGGGGCUACGGUCUAUGGUUAUCUAUUGAGUGAAACGGCAGUUUAAACCACCUUCUCCACUUUAUUUAACUUUUUUGAUUGCUUUUAUGGAGGUUCUCCUGUCUUCAUUUGAUUUUACGAGAGCUGAUCUCUUCUCAUAAGAACCCUUAGUUGACUUGGAGUAUGAAAAUCACAUAGUCCUAUUCGAUAAAACACUGACAAAUUUCAGAAUCCUUUGGAUAUACUGAAUGUGAUACCUUUUUUUUCUUUCGAUUACAAACUGUUUCUUCAGGACUGAUCUACACGGAUACCUUUUGUUUGAUAAUAUGGAGUGAAGCGGUUGCGUGUACUGGCUACUUUUCUUAUCUUAAAAACCCUAAUGGGACCUGACGUUACUGCAUAGCCGUCUUAGUUAUCGUACUUUACAUCAGCACAUUCAAACAUCAGGCCUAAAGACAUGGAAGUAAAAAAAACUCUAUCAGAAUUCGUAGAAAUUCAUGACAAGAUAAGAGGAGGUAAAAUGAAUAAAAUGUGAUAUGGAGGUUAGGAUGAAGAUACUGUAUAAAUGCGAUUGUAUAACUGGGAUGGAAUACCUAGCAGAUCCCAAAUGAGAGGUUCACAUUCUCACUUAUGGUGGCAAAAAUGUCUCAGCCAAUUCCCGUUUACCACUCAAGGUAUUCAGAAGACCUUAUCUUACAAGCUUUCUCACCUACCUAUGCCUAUUGGAGGCUGACUAAGGAGAUUUCUACGACAUGUUUAGUCCUCAGUAAACCAAAUUAGGAGAGGAUUACCUUGAUAAGCAAAUCUUUGACAAAGUCAAUUUAAAAUGGGAACAGUGGACACCAGUAAAAGUAUGCGAAUCACCCGUUAUCACACGAUAGAUUUAAACAUGCUCAUGGGUGUUUGAUUACUGAACUUUUAGAAGAGUGAUGUACCGUACCACAUAAUAUAUCGUGUUAGAUUUAGAGACAAUGCAAACGAUGUAAUUCACAUUUGUCAUACUCGUAUUGUUCUUUAUUUCAGUAAACGCGAUAAAAAAUACAAAUAGUUUGUCCUCAAAUUAUUAAAUAAAAUACAUUCCGUAUUUUAAACCUAACAGAAUAUUCCAUUAUUUUCAUAUUUAGUUGAUCUGAAAUGCGUUUACGUGAAAAUGUUGAAGACUACUUGUACAUUACUGUGUGAAGUCUUACUUCAUUCUCAGUUUGUAAUCAUGGUGGGACAACAAAUGAUUCAGUUUUUAGAAAAUGAACAGUCCAGUCCCGUAUCAACACUGAGAAGUGAUCUUCUCAAAAUUUUGUUACACCUCUUAAUGAAUUCUGAAAGUAAUACGCAAGUUCAAAUUUCUCCUGCUAAUCGUCUGGAAACGCAUUGUGCAGAGUUUCAAAUCACAGCUGUGGAACUGGACAUUAUUCUAGGGAUAGGAGCUUUGGUGAACAUAUGUGCAAGAAAUAUGUCGCUGCCUCAUGAAUUUGCUGAUUCUUUUGAAGGCCUGAUAUUUAUGAAACCUGAAACAAUGCUGGGAAUUUUAAAUCAUGAUUCUGUUACAAGUGGAUCCCGCUUCAUUGAAACUAGCGUACUGAUUUGUCUACUGGAGUCAUUUUACGGUCCACUGCCUCAUCUGUUGUGGCCGGAUAUAGAUUCGAAUGAAAACUUUUACUGUGAGCUUUUUAUGUGCUUAAAUGAUGGAAUCAUAGACGUGACUCAACGCUUUUCCCAGCAAUUGUCAAUUGAAGUAUACGGUUGUCUUAUUAGUCAUGUAUGUGCUAACACUAAGAAACAGUCACUUAUCAAUUUGUUCCUAAUUAAUAAUCCUUGGGGUGACAUUAUCCUCGAACAUUUGCAAACAGAUACUGCAGGGGAUAACGUUCUAAAUUUGACAACUCCGUUUCUUGAUUUUAUCAAUGCGUUACUGUCUGCGAAAAGUCCUGCAAUUUUUUCGGUCAUUAGCAAAUGUCGACUGCAGAAAUUGUUACUGACUUAUAUGCAUGACGCUCAUUUGUGCACACCAGUUAUCAAGAAUUGCUUAAGGAACAUGUGUGAAAAGAUUGGUUGUUGUGACUUUGAGUUUCUAGACGACAGAGAUCGGUUUUCACUUGAGGUUAUGGUCGCUUCAGAUAAUGUACUACCCCCUGUCUACCUGUCUCAGCGUUUCAAAUUGUUUUAUCAGGAAGUAUUCUACAUAUGACAAUCAACAGUUAUGAAGUCUAGACAAUUUUUAUUCUGAAGUGUUGAUAAUAAAGGUUUUUAUUAAACUUUAAAUCAUAUAGUCUAUAAAAAUGCACGUGGUUUCUUAAAUAAAGUGCAUCAUUGUUUA